GCUAUCUGGAGAGCGGUUCCGGUACAUAAUAAGAAUGGGAAAAGACAAGAAAUUGGAGGCAGAGAGAUCUGCAAACGGCGACAGCGUGGACGACGAAACCAGAAAGAAGAAGAAAAGUAAGAAGCAUAAGAAACAUAAACGCACUUCAGAAGAGUCUGGAGAAAAAUCACAUAAGAAGAAAAAGAAAUCCAAGAAAGAGAAAUACAAGAGUCCAAAAGAAGAGAGUGAGACGUCAUUGUCAGACGUCGAGGAGCUUAUAAAAAAAGGACGCCAUCAACUAAAGAGACCAAAUCUCAUAGUAACAACAAAAACAAGAAAUGGGGAUUCUUCAGGCAAAGGUCUAUUUCAUGGCAAAUCCUACGUACGGAAGGUAGAAAAACAAGAGACUUUAGAAAUUUUAUCUUCUAACUCUGAGACUGAAAACUACCAAGAAGACUGCGCUAGUCCUGAGCUGAUGCUAAUAGAAGACGAUUUGAACCUUGAGGAUCUAAUGAAGCAAAAAGAAUUACUUCAAGCCCGUCUCAUUGCUUACUGCUCCGAAAAGAGUGAUGAUGAAGCUAAUAAAGAAGACAAAUUUAAUGAAGUCAUUUGUAUAAAUGAUGAUACACGAUCACCAAUCAUUAAGAAAUCAAAAAAAGACAAAGAUCACGAACACAAAAGAAGCGGCAAGCACAAAUCCAGUAAAGAUCACUCGACAGAAAGAGAAAAACAUAAGACUAAAAGACAGGAAGAAGAUUUGCGUGAAAUUAUCAACAGAGAAAGUAAAAAGCAAAUGGAACGUCGAUUGGAGGAAAGAGAGGGUAGAGAAAGAAAAGAAAAAGAACGUCGAAAGAUAGAAGACAAAGAACGAGAAAGAAGGAGAGAGCGUGAGAGAGAAAGAGAAAUUAGGGAACGGGAGCGAGAACGGGAACGGGAAAGAGAGCGCCGAUCGAUGGAAGCUAGGCGAAGGGGAGAACGAGAGCUUUUGCGAAUAACACGACGGUCGCGAGAACGAUCGCCGCAAGGAACCCGAAGAGAUCAGAGGGCCGGGGACCGCGAGCGACGAUCUCGCGAGCGUGUGCUAGAUAGACGCGACAAAUUCUCACGAUCGGAUUUACGAGGCUUCAAGGGCAUCGUCGAUGAAGUAACUCAGAUUGUACCAAGUUCAAGCGAUGAGGAACUCAACAUAUCAAUUAACACUGACGAUGAUGAGGAAACUGAGGAGCAGAUCAUUGAAAGGAGGCGGAAACAAAGAGAACAAUUGAUGAAGCGGCUUGGUAGCGAAACUGCUGCUGGUAAAGCUGAAGAAGUACCAAGAAAAUCAGUCUCACCGAAAGAUGUGAAAAAUAGCGGUAGAAAUGUUUCAGAAACGGUUGCGGAAGUCCGAGUUUUGAAAGAAACUGAAACCAAAGACAAAAAAUCGGCUAAAGAAAGCAAGUCAGAUAAGGCUAACAAUGACUUAACUCGGAAUACGCAUGAAACAAAAUCCGAUACUAAGUUGGACAAGUCCAUGAAGAGCGGAGAAUGGGACAUGUUUGCCGAUCAGGAUAACUUUGAUAGUGUUGAUACACCAACUGCAGGAAAGCCGAAAAACAAAAGCACAGCAGAAAACCCUUCGUUGACGGACAACUGGGACGACGCUGAAGGUUAUUACAGAGUACGUAUCGGUGAGAUGCUGGAUAACCGCUACACUGUGUAUGGGUACACUGGACAGGGCGUGUUCUCCAACGUGGUGCGCGCCAGAGAUCAGGCGCGCAACAACACUGAUGUAGCCGUGAAGAUCAUCAGGAAUAAUGAGAUAAUGCACAAGACAGGACUCCGAGAGUUGGAGAUUCUUAAACGUCUUAACGAUGCUGACCCAGAAGAUAAAUUCCACUGCCUCCGCUUGUUCCGUCACUUCUUUCAUAAAAGACAUUUGUGCAUGGUGAUGGAACCUCUUUCCAUGAACCUUAGAGAGGUUCUCAAGAAGUAUGGCAAGAAUAGCGGUAUACAUAUCAAAGCAGUACGGAGCUACACACAACAGAUGCUUUUAGCUCUGAAAUUAUUGAAGAAAACUGGAAUUUUGCAUGCGGAUAUUAAACCAGAUAAUAUCCUCGUUAAUGAAAACAAACUUAUGUUGAAACUGUGUGACUUUGGGGCAGCCGGACAUGUAUCUGACAAUGAAAUUACACCAUACCUCGUGUCACGGUUUUACAGAGCACCAGAGAUCAUUAUUGGUGUCUCAUACGACCACGGCAUAGAUAUGUGGUCAACAGCAUGCACUAUAUAUGAACUGUCCACAGGAAAAAUAAUGUUCAGUGGCAAGUCAAAUAAUGAAAUGUUGAAAUAUUUUAUGGAUCUAAAAGGAAAAUUACCAAACAAAAUUAUUAAGAAAGGAUACUUUAAAGAACAACAUUUCGAUGCUAAUUGCAACUUUAUGUAUCAUGAAUUGGAUAAAAUUACUGAGAGGGAGAAGAUUGUCAUAAUAUCAAGUAUAAAGCCAACACGAGACUUGCAGACUGAGCUUGCACCGCCGCAUCACCGACUUCCAGCUCCUGAAGCUAAAAAGAUCACACAACUUAAAGAUCUUCUAGAGCGUAUGCUAAUGUUGGACCCCGCCAAACGAGCUUCCGUCAACCAUUGCCUGGCUCAUCCUUUCAUACAAGAAAAAAUCUAA